AUGAGUCGCAGAUUUACUCUCCACUCAGACACAAGGACGAGUUCAGAAGAAGAUACCUUCAACCUGGCUGUCAUUGGAGAUGGCAAUGUGGGGAAGUCAACCACCGUUUGCAGAUUCAUCAAACACUGGACAGAACUGAGCAGCCAAGCCCCCAAGAAAAGUAAGAAACAUAAUAAAUCUCACGGUGAUCUUGGAAUCAAAGGGCGAAGUCUGACAGUCGAUAUUGUGGACACAUCAUCAAAGAAGAGGUUCCCUUUCCUGCAGAGACUCCCCUCCUGUGACGCCUACGUGUUGGUGUACUCCUUGGUGUGUGAUGACUCCUUCGACUUUGUGGUGGCAGCCAGGGACCAGAUCCUCCAGCAAGAGGGACCCUCAGUCCCAAUCGUGUUCGUGGCCAACAAGACAGACAUUGCUGACUCUGUAGACAAGACAGAGAGAGUGUACCGAGGUCUGAACAUCAGCUGUGAAUGGGACAAUGGGCACGAAGAGAUCUCAGCUGAGAAGGACACCAGUAUCAUCCAGGUACUGGAACAGAUCAUGAAGCGGCAUCACAAAUAUAUUUCUGGGAAUAAAGGAGAGACGCACUCGGGUAUUUCUAAAAAGUUGCGAUCAAUCAGAAAAUUCUUUUCAAGGAAUAAACGACAGUAA